GUGGCGGAGGUCUCGGCUUGGAAGGCGGGGCUUGGAAGGGCAAGCAAAUUGGCUGCUGGGUUUUAACAGCGGGGAGUGAUGGACGUAGGCGCUGGCCAAUAAGAGACCCCUGUUUGGGCGCCGCGCUCUGUGAUUGGUGGAGGCCGGGGUGAUCCGGGGCGGAGGGAAGCCGUGCCCGUAAGGGUGCGGUGCGGUCUCUAGGCGGGUGGGUGCGUGAGGGGGCGGCAGAGCAUGCCUAGGCCUCGUGGGCCGGCUCCGCCUCGGCGGGAGGCAGCUAGCGAGGCCCGGGGAGCCUUUAGGGCUUAAGCUCUGGCCUGUCCUCGGGGUCCGUUCCGAGGCGGGGAGCAGGCUGGCUGUUGCUGCCUGCCGGCGGGCUCUCCCUGAGUGCCUGCGAACCUUCCUCUCUCCUCCCGUGUUUCAGAGGGGCCAUGGCAGAGGCUGACGGCCCUACGCAGCUGCUGGAGGUGUGCAGGCAGAGGCUUUCCCGGUUCCUCCACGAUGCUGAGCACAGGCACUUGGCCUGGCUGCGGGAGGCGGAGGAGCAGGGCAUGAGGAUGCUGGAGAGCAGCUUUGGGGCUGAACCGGUAUUAAUGCCUAAAACACCAUCACAGAGGAGGCGUCUCAAGAAAAGGCAGUCUUCCUGCCUGAAAGAUGAAAAUAAGGAGCCAAACAGGAGGAGGCUGUCCAGAAGGAGAAGCAGCAUCAAGCCAGCAUCUUCCAAGCCAAGUUCCCAAAGGCGCUGCAGCAAAUACCAACCCCAGAACCCUGACUGUCAGGGGGAAGAGGUGCCCGUGCCUGGCUGUGCAGUGACGUCCCAGGCGAGUGAGGCUGUUAGAAGCCAGCAGUUGCCCAAGGGGGAUGCAGACACUGAGCUGCACAGUCUGUGUUCUGUCAUCCCUGCUGACACGGCAGCGGGGAAGGGAGCCCCUGAAAGAAGUGCAAGUACCUCCACUCCCAAGGCUGCUAGAAAUGGAGAUCCUGCCAUGCCUCAAGAAGGAGAUGGAUCUCCUCAAGGCCUCGAAAAGGUGCUUUUCCAGGACUCCGACAGCAGAAUAACUACAGUGAUGUCCAAAACACGCCGUUGUUCUGCACGCCGAAGCUUUGUGUGCGGCCCCCACAAGAGCCAUAGGGCCUCCUUGGCAGAAAAAUAUUCACUGGCCAGCAAAAGAGAGAGCAUGAUCCGUCGGUCUAUCAGCAGGGCCAUUUCAAAGAAGGCAGCGGCGCGGGAAUCAUCCUCUGCCUCCAGCAGAGUGAGCUGUCAAAGCUCCUUGGAAGUUUUUGUGGAAGAUGAUGGGACUAGCAGCAUGAGACCUGGGCUGGAACUGAAUCCCCCAAGUGAAAAGAUUCCUGAAGUCAUCCUCAUUUCAUGUGAAAGUGUACAAGCUGCCAGCCCUUCUGCACAGCACUUACCUCCUCCUGAGCAGCAGGCAGGGAACAAUGAAGGAAGCUGUGUAAAUCCAAACAGUGAACCCCAGAACAAGAACCAGGAACAGCCCCACUGUGCCAAGUCCCAGGAGAAUCCCUCCCGCAUCUGGACAAGAAGCUGUAAACGAGCAGUGGAUGUUACACGGAAUGGGCAGCAGCCAGGGGGUCAUACCCUUCCUCCUUCGGGUGACAAGCAGAUUUCAGCAGACCAAACUUCUUCCUCUCCAGCUAGCAAGAUGGUUAGACCAUUGAAAAACUUCCUGCAGGCUGUGCAGCGAAACCAGCUGCUUGUGAGCCCAGGGCCCACAGGACGUGGGGGUGUCAUAAAGAACUUCAUCAAACGCAAUACACCCACCCGGCUUGAUCUUAAGGGAGACUUUGUCGAGAGGGAGCGGCAGAGACUGGAAAGCCUCAGGAAGAAGCAGGAGGCUGAGGAACAGAGGAAAAAGAAAGUGGAGGAGGAAAAGAGGCGGCGGCAGGCAGAAAUGAAACAGAAGAGGGAAGAGCGUCUGAGGAAGGCACUGCAGGCUCGGGAGCGGGUGGAACAAAUGGAAGAAGAGAAGAAAAAGCGAAUGGAGCAGAAGAUUUUACAGAAUGAUGAGAAGGUGCACCUCUCACAAGUGCGAGAAGAGAAAGUGGCAGAGGAGCGGAGCAAGAAAAAGCUGUCCAAGAAGUGUGGGGAAGCUGAUGCACGGAAGCAGAAAUGGCUGAGGAUGGAGGAAGACAAAUUUGGGCAGCAAGAAACACUGCAGAAGAGGAGAGAAGAUGGAGUGAAAGCAAAAGGAGAGAAAGUUUUGGAACUGAAAAAUCUUAUAGAGCAGCAACAGGUGGAACAAGUGAAGGAGAGGGAUCGCAAACAGCAAGUGAAAGAGAAGGCCCUCCAACUACAGCUGGGGUCAUCAGUGCUUACAGAAAAAAACAUAAAGGAGGAAGAGAGGCCAAAAAUGUUGCACCCGCUGCCUGCGCAGAAGAGAGCCAAGCCUCCAGAAUCCACUGCCAUGGCUUGUAAUACCUGGCCCAAAGCAGUUAAGGAGGAAGAUCGACUGCAGAAGCCUCAGCAGCAGCUGGGAGAGGAGAAAAAAAUCAAGCAACCGGAAGAAUUAACUGCUGCCUGUGGUGCAUGGCUGAGAAAAACUGUAAAGAAACCUAUCUCCCCAUCCUACUUAAGACCCUUGAAGGGCACAAAGGCAUCCAGAUCCCCAAAGGUAAACGAAAAUAACUAUGGGAUGGAUCUGAACAGUGACGAUUCCACAGAUGAUGAGAAUCAACCUCGGAAGCCUGUCCCUGCCUGGGCUGAUGGGUCUCAGCUUAAUCAAGCCAUUUUACACCAAUACUAUCACCCGGUGAAUGUUGACCAACUCUUUGGUCUAAUUCCAAGCCCUAAGCUGGAGGAUAUUUUUGGCAAGAGCAAACCCAGAUACUUCAAGCGCACAAGCUCAGCAGUUUGGCAUUCCCCACCUGGGACCAAAUCUACCUGUGGCCCAUGUUGCAACUUCAAGAGCUGAGAAACUGCAGAGAGACGUGUUUUUAUAAUAAUAUGGUGUAUCUGUUUUCUUAGCAUGCAGCAUAUUUACAGUGUUAAGCUUUUUUUUAGAAAAAUGAAAAUAUUUAAUAAAAUCCCCUUGCAAUAAAGGCUAUCAGUGUUUCUCUCCUCUUUCCCCACGCCCUCUCCCUGCCAUGGUGGGAUGGUACUUCUGGAUGGCUGACUUGAGAUCGAUGGCUGUGGUUUCUGCAAGUGAAAAUGCAGAUGUUUGAAGAUGUGACAUUGCACCAUUACAUAUUCCUGCAGAUCACUUGCAGAAUCUUACACAAGGAAGCUGUGAAAUUGCUGUAGGGAAGAUUAAAUUUUUUAAUCAACCUGAGCAGGUAAUAUUUUCAUAAUGCAUUUUGUAUAUUUAUGUAUUUAACAAUGCUUCUAUCUGCAAGUAGUUUUUCCUUCAAGAAUUCUUGUGACCUCUUGUUAGUCUGAGCCAGAAUCUUUUUCCUGCAGUUAGAAAAAUCUGCUUGAACUGCUAAAGCAAUGUCUAAAUGUCUCGUUGCUGUUCUUUUCUAAUGGAAAAAUGAAGCCUGGGGUAAGUUUUUGGUCCUGUUUUUCUAGGAGGCUUUAGCAUACAGCCUUGCUUGGGCAGAAGGGAGAUGUAGUUGGAAGCUGUGGCUAGGAAAGGGUAAGCAGUGCAAUGAUUUCUGUAGGAGUGUGUUGGCAUUGCCCGCUGCGUGCUCCCCUGCCUGUGUGCACCCUGGGGCAUGCUCCGUGGCAGCAGGCAUCUCCUGGCUCCUGCAGCGCAUCCCAAGCCCAGGCUGGUGGUUGCCUGGGGACAGCUGUGGCAUGCUGUGGUGGUGGUGGAGGGUCCCGAGGCCCCACAGAGCUGUGUGGGGACAGCUGUGCACCAGUGCUGGGUCUUGGCUGCCCUUACAGGCCCCGGAGUGCUAGCUGGUGUAGCUGGCGGCAUUCCAAGAGAGAUUUGGCUAGCUAAACCCUGCUGACCGUAGCAAUGAGGAAGAUGCUUAGAUGAAAAGGGAAAGUCCCCAAGUCGGAGCCAAGUCCCACACUUGCCAAAAUAACCUUUCCUUCCUCUUUCUUCAGUUGUCCCAUCUCGAGCUGCGCUGUCUAGCACAAACGUGAGCACAGUGGAGGGACUCCCCCCUGCCCUGGGUGGUGUGGCGUGUUGCCCUGGGAUCCCUCCUGCAGGCUGGGGCUGUUCCCUUUUGCUGUGUGAUCAGAGCUGUGACCUGCCUCGAGGAGGAGGAGGGUCCCUAGCCCAUGCAGCCCUGCCCAGACCCUGGUACUGGGCUGGUGAUCUGCCUCCCCCUUCGGCUGCAGGCUGCCAAGAGCAAACGCAGAGAUGUGGCCGUGGGCCUGUUCAGAGCGCUCUAGGCCUGCUUACCUCUGCCAGAGUGGUUUUGGGGAGCUUUAUGGUGGAGUUGGAGGGUUUGGAAUAGAGGAGUUUGCAGGUGUCAUGGUGGAAGUGUCUUGCAGGCUGUUAGAGCUUUUGGUGGGUCUCUAGAGCUCUGAACUCCACAGAGCCAGUGAUAGCAGCUGGGAUGAGCUUUGCAGAGGCACGGAGCAGCUCAGCAUGUGCCAGCAGAGCUCUGCAGCCACUAAAGGCUGUGUGAAGCUGCUUUUGGCUGCUGGAUUGCAUCCCUGCUCCUGGAAGUAGUUCUGUUUCUGUUCACCUUGGGCUCCCCUCCCCCCCCCUGCAUCCCACUGAAUGCUUGUGGGGCUCUCAGUGACUCUUUCCCUUCUUGGCUGGUCUCUCUUGGGUCCCCCUGAGCUCUCUGGGCUUAUCUCUGUGUCUUUUGGGGUCUCCUGGGUCCCUCCAGGGUUUCAGUGUCCCUUAGGUCUUUCAACCCCUCUCAGUAGCGUUACCCAAAGGAGUAACUCAUGAGGUAGAAGAUGGAUUUGACUUGGUUUUUACUGAAAGGGGCUGAGCCUGCUGGAGGGGAGAUGUGCUCGGGCUCAAAAGAUCACAGCUGUGCCCAGGGGCAGAGCUCUUGCUGCCUCCUCAUCAAUGCACUGAGUUCUGGGGGUGCUGCCCGUGCUCUCCCCAGGGCAGCAGCAAUCGAAGGGUCCAGCUGGUUCUGUGGCUUUGGUGGUCCCCUCACUGUGCUCCCACCUCUCUCCUGCUCCCUGCUGCGUCCAGCCGGGCUGCACCCCACUCCUCCCCUUACACAGGAUGCUGCAGAGCUGAUUUCAGCCUAUGUGGCAACACCCUCACUUCAUCUUUCUCAGAUCUGGGGGGUAGGGGAUGGCCUCUGGCCCUCCUGGGUUCCUCCACGCUUUCCUGGGUGCUCUGCACUCCCUUGGCUCAGCUCCCUGGGGCUCCCUUGGAUUCACCUGGGCUUUCCUGGUCUCUCUGGGGCGCACCUAGCAUCACUUGAGCUCUUGGGAUCUCCCUGAAGGUCUUUUCCCCUGGUUUUGCUGGGCUUUCUUGCACUCUUGUGACCUUUCUCACUAGUGGUUUUCUCGGGUGCUUUCAGGGUGGCCACAGCACCUCUGGGCUUCCUUAAUCUCUGCAGAGCGGGAUGCUCUUGCAUCGCUGGUUUCCCCAGGCUCUCCUGGGCUAUUUCAGGCUCCCCUGAGCACAGGCUGCAGCUGCUCCCUGCCAGCUGGCUUCUGUCCCUCAUGGUAAUCCUCAAAUUACCGUGUUAGACCUCACUAAGGAGGCAGUGAUUUCUGGGCCCUGGCAGGGGCUGGGAGCUGGAGGCCAGGCUGCUGUCUGGAGCUGGCUGCCGGAGGAUCGAGGUUUGCUGGCACAGAAGGGAGCAGGGGCC